CCGCGUUGUUGGCACUCUUUUACACUUUUGCUCACGGGGUGUGUAGUUCUAGACCAAUUCUUGACGAUGUCAGAAAUGGCUCCCGCGGCCUCCAGAUGCCUGGCCACCUCCUCAGUGGAGAAACCUCCAUCCAAGAGGCGGGGGAAGAAGCCUGGCCUGGCGGCCGCUCGCAAACCUCGUACUUUCUCGGUUACCAGGUUGAUUCCCGAGGCUCUUUCGACGUCCCAGGAGAGGGCUGGCAUGUCCUUCGCCGCCCUGAAGAAGGCGCUGGCGGCCACCGGCUACGACGUGGAGAAGAACAACAGCCGCAUCAAGCUGGCGCUCAAGAGGCUGGUGAACAGCGGGGUCCUGGUGCAGACCAAGGGCACCGGCGCCUCCGGCUCCUUCCGGCUCAGCAGGAAGGCGGCGCCCGAGAAGGGCAAGGGCAGGAAACCGGCCUCCGCUAAGGCCAAGAAGCUGGGCUUGCCCAGGUCCUCGAGGUCGCCCAAGAGCAGUAAGACCAAGGUUGUCAAGAAGCCAAAGGCCACGCCCACAAAGGCACCAGGCGGCAGGCGGCAAGCCAAAGGGGCCAAGGGCGUGCAGCCGCGGAACAGCCCCGGCGGCCAGGCGAGGGCAGCCAACCCCAGCGCGGCUGGGAAGGCCAAGAUGACGUUGCAGAAGGCCGACCUGAGGAAGGCCUCAGCGAGGAAGUGAGCUUCAAAGCCAGUUUUUCAAAAACAAAAACAAAAAC